CAAAACUUAAAUUACGAAAGAAAUUCUAGGUGAAACCAAAUAGGACACACGUCACCUUCGAAAACAACAGUGAAGUUCACGUACGCGGCGCUACUGCGCGUUAUCGAUAUUGACUCUUUCGAUAAUCGAAAACUAAAAGAUUUAGUAAAAUAAAAAACAAAAAAUGGACGUUACGUUAUUAGCUUUUUUCGCUGUUUUCAUCAUUGCAUUGAUUCUCAUUUGUACAGUGUUUUUAAGACAAAAAUCCGCUGCACGAAAAAAACAAACGAAUGUAGAAAGAGUUGCACAAGGUAGACCAAUAAGACGAGCAGCAGGUCAAAGAAAUGCUAGACGUCGUAUGCAAGCAACUUCUAGUCAACAAAUUGAAGAAGAUGAUAAUGGAUCUGGAAAUGAAGCAAAUGAUGAGGCAGAUGAAAAACCAUCCACUCCUGAUUUCAAAAUGGGUGCAAAAAAGAGAGCAAAAUUAGCAGCUAAAUCAGAAAAGAAAGCUCAAAGAGAAGCUGCUGAAAGAGAAAGAGAAGAGCGUAAAAAAAGAGAACAACUUCUCCAAGAAGAAAGAGAUAAACAAUAUGAAAAGGAACGAGCAGAAGAAUUAAAACAAGAAGAAGCAGAAAGAAAAGCCAGAGAGGAAAAAGAAAAAAGAGAAUAUGAAGAAUAUUUGAAAAUGAAAGAAGCAUUUAGUGUAGAAGAAGAAGGAUAUGAUCAGGAGAUCAAAGAAGAUGAAGAAAAUCUGUUAGAGCAAUUUCUUCAAUAUAUUAAACAAAACAAAGUGGUGGUUCUUGAAGAUUUGGCUGCAUACUUUAGUUUAAAAACAGCAAGUGUAAUAGAAAGGAUUCAAGAACUUCAAGCAACUGGAAGUUUAACUGGAGUUAUUGAUGACAGAGGAAAAUUUAUUUAUAUUUCUCAGGAAGAACUUGAAGCUGUAGCAAAGUUUGUCAGACAACGUGGUAGAAUUAGUAUUACUGAAUUAGCUGAAAAUUCAAACCGCUUGAUUAAUCUAAAUCCAGGAAAACAAAGUAUGGUGGAAGCUAGAUGAAUUAUAUUAUAUGAUUUUAUGUUAUA